AUGGCCGCACACGCCGAGCCGGCCGCCGCGGCGCGGCCGUCGCUUUUGCUGAUCGGGAUGCGCGGCGCCGGCAAGACGACGCUCGGCGCCAUCGCGGCCGAGCACAUGGGCGCCGACUUUGUCGACGCCGACGAGCUCUUCGCUGCGCGACACACGACGCCCGCCAAGUUCGUCGCGGCGCACGGCUGGCCGGCGUUCCGUGCCGCCGAGACGGAGCUGCUGAAGGAGCUGAUCGGCACAUGCCCGCCGCCCGAGGCCCGCGACGGCCGGCCACAGGUGAUCAGUCUCGGCGGCGGCGUCGUCGAGGAGGAGGCGAACCGCACGCUGCUGCGCGCCUUCUGGCAGGGCGAGGCCGGCACGUUCCGGCGCGGCAGCAAUGCCGUCGUGCACGUCUUUCGCGAGAUGGACAUUGUGCUCAGCGAGGGCGAGCGGGCGGGCACGCGCAGCGCGCCCAAGUGGACCAACGGCCUGGCGCCCGACGUGUGGAAGCGGCGCCGCCCGUGGUUCCGCGACUGCUCCUCGCACGAGUUCGUCAACAUGUCGCUGCCCUUCGACACGACGACGCCCGAGUCGUCGCGCGCCUCGCGCCGCAGCUUCGAGGAGGUCGAGCGUGACUUCGUGCUCUUCUUGCGGCGGCUGCUCGUCGACCGGAGUGCACAACCGGCCCACCAGCCGCUAAACCAGGACCAGCGCUCCUACCUCGUCACGCUGCCCUUUCCUGAUCUCCGGCCGCACGUCGACAUCCUGCCCACGCUCGCCGUCGGCGCAAGUGCCGUCGAGCUGCGUGCCGAUCUGCUCUUCGACCCGGAUCCCGUGCGCGCCUCGAGCUCGGCGCCCGAGGCGUACGAGAACCCGAGUCUGAGUUACAUCUCCGAGCAGAUGGCGCUGCUGCGGCGGCACCUGCCCGACGUGCCCGUCGUCUUUACGCUGCGCACGCCCGAGCAGGGCGGCAAGUAUCCCUUUCCUGCCGAUGCGCCCGCAAAGGCGCUGUUUGCGACGAUGCACCACGCCCUCAAGCUGGGUGCCGAGUACGUCGACGUCGAGCAGGGCCUCGAGUCGGCCUCCAGCCAGGUGCUGAUCAAAGACGCCAAGGAGCGCGGCGCCAACGUCAUUGUCUCGUGGCGCGACACGCGCGCGCCACACGCCGGCGGCUUCGCCUGGGAUGGCGAGCAGGCGUACGCCCACUACUCGCGCGCCGUCGCCGCGGGCGCCGACAUUGUCAAGAUGGUCGGCACGGCCGGCGAGGUGGCCGACAACUUUGCGCUGCGCAUUUUUGCCGCGGCGCGCGAGCGCGAGAGCGCCACGCCGCUCGCAGCAUACAACAUGGGCGAGCGCGGCCGCAUCUCGCGCUUCCUCAACCCGCUCCUCGCCAGCGUCACGCAUCCGCUGGCCAAGGAGCUGACGCGCCGCGGCACCGUCGGCAGCCCGAGCAUGACGUUCAGGGAGACGCAGCAGGCAUUGCACCUCUCGGGCCUGCUCAAGGUGCGCCACUUCUACGUCGGUGCGCUUGCGCCCUUUGUGGCGUGGGCCGAGGAGCUCGGCCUGCCGCACCACUUCCACGUGCUGCCCGACGAGGCGUUCCUGACAGUCGAGGAGCUGCAGCAGGCUACGCUGCGGCACUCGGAGCCGCUCGGCCACGGCCUGUGCAUCCCGCAUGCCCUCAAGAAUCCCGUGCCGCUGUCGCGGCGCAGCAGAGAGGCAGCGGCCAUCGACGCCGUCGACACGGUGCACGCCGUCGCGCGUGGCGAGGCGCUCGAGUGGGUUGGCGCCCACGUCGGCACGACGGCGCUCUGCACGCUCAUCCGGCGCCGCAUGUCGCCCUACACGGCGCUGCAGUCCGGCCUGCGCGCCGUCAUCAUCGCGACGCAGCCCGGCGCCAUCGGCGUGCGUGCGGCGCGCUUUGCGCUCACCGAGGCGGGCAUGCGCACCGUCGAGGUGCUGCAGCCGGGCCAGCGCGCGGCCGAGGGCGGCGCCACCGUGGUGGUGAGCGUGCUGGACGACUCGGCGGCAUCGCUGGAUGCUGCGUGGUGCGAGGAGCUGCUGACGUCGCCGUACGGAGGCGUUGUGGUGGAGUACCGUACGCAGGCCGCAGAGCUGCUCGAUGCUGCCCAGCACACCGCCGAGCAUGUCUGGACGACCGUCUCCGCACGCGAGCUGGCCGAGCAGGGCGCCCGUGAGCGCUUCUUCCUCUUCACGGGCCGACGGGCGCCGCCGCUGCGGCCAGCGCACCUGCAAUAG